AUGGCACGAGUAGGAGCCGCGGUGACGGUGACCAUCCCGCAGGGCACGCUCAGGGGCCGCAAGGCCAAGACGCCCUCUGGCCGGCCCUACAGCGCAUUCCAGGCCAUCCCGUACGCGCUGCCGCCUGUCGGCCCUCUCAGGUUCAAGUCUCCCGAACCACCAGAGAAAUGGAGUGGGAUACGAAAUGCAACAGUUGAUCCAAACGUGGCGCCUCAGAUUAACGUAUUUUUGGAUAACCAGUACCAAGGAGACGAGGACUGCCUGUACCUCAAUGUGUACACACCUAAGCUUCCGACAACAGCCAAUGCCAAACUGUAUCCAGUCAUGGUGUGGAUUCAUGGAGGUGCGUUUACGAUGGGCUCUGGAAACUCGGAAUUUUAUGGACCUGAACACCUGCUGGAACACGAUGUUGUGCUGGUGACAAUCAAUUACCGCUUGGGUGUGCUAGGUUUCUUAUCAACUGGAGAUGAGGUAAUCCCUGGGAACGCUGGUCUCAAAGAUCAAGUGAUGGCCCUCAAAUGGGUCAAGAAUAACAUCGCCAACUUUGGAGGAGACCCACAGAAUGUCACAAUAUUUGGGGAGAGCGCUGGCGCGAUUUCCUGCCAUUUGCUACAAAUCUCUCCUGCAGCUAAGGGUCUAUUCCACAAGGUUAUCUGCCAAAGCGGCGUGGCGUCUUUGGAGCUGGUGUCGGCUCCUAUUAAGGACAGGACGUUUCGCCUGGCACAGUCCCUUGGCUUCACGGGAGACAGUUCAGAGGAACUACUGGCCUUCAUGAGAGACCAGCCAGCGCAGAAGCUUGUCGAGAAUGUACUAAACGGCCUGACCAAAGAGGAAAAGCAGAGAAUGCAGUCGCUGAUACCUUUUCCGCCAACCAUAGAACCGGACAGCGUGAAGGACGCUAUCAUCACACAAGAUCCCAUGGAAAUCCUGAAGAGCGGCAAGUUCAACAAAGUGCCUACCAUCAUAGGUGUCUGCUCUCGCGAAGGAAUAGUGUUCAUUCGAGAACUGACGGAGAACAAGGGAGCUAUGCGGGAGCUCAACGCAAACUUCCAGAGGCUGUUGCCAGCUAGCAUCCCCAUUAAGAGGGAGGAACGCAUCACCAUUGCUCGAGACAUCAAGAGGUUCUACUUUGAAAACCAGCCCCUGGAAGAUUCAACCGUAGAAAUGUAUGCUGAUCUGCGCGGCGACCUGGUUUUCGUAUACCCCGCCCUUGUGGCAGCACGAGUGCAGUCUGCAGUCGCCGGGGCACAACCGGUGUAUUUCUACCAGUUUGACGUCGUCACGAAUCUUAACAUGUUAAAGAAGGUCUUCACCAAAGAAGAUAUUGCCGGGGCCUCUCAUGGCGAUGACAUCCCCUAUUUCUUCUCCGGAGAAAUGUUUAAAGACAUACCUAAAGGACCGGAAACGGUGGAAGGAAAAGCAAUAGCGCGUAUGACCCGCAUGUGGACUAACUUCGCCACUAAGGGGAAUCCCACACCAGACCCUGAAGAUCCCAUUUUGUCUGUGACAUGGACUCCAUUCAAGAAAGACAAUCUCUCCUACUUGAACAUGACAAAGGAUGGGCUGAGCGUCGAGAAGGACCUCAUCAAGGAAAGGAUGGAUUUCUGGGACAAGCUCUACAGACUGAGAGCAUGA